AAUUUAAUUGUUAAAACGAGUGUUACUCUAUAAUUAGUCAAUAAACACAUCAAACUAUAAAAACAAUAAAGUUCUAAUUAAUAAAUAAUUAAAUAAUCGCGAAUUUAUUGCUUCAAUCUUGUUUAAUUUGACCCGAUAGUGAAUGUAAACAAAGAAAAGAUUCAAAGCAUCUUUUAAAUAAAUAAAUUCUCGUUUGCUGCUUAAAGCAGGAAGCUCAACCAGUGAUCAUUAAAAGUGUAGGUUGUUUGAAAUCAUUAAUUAAUCGACUGGAAAUUUUUUGAGCAAAAAACACCUGAUGCGAAUGAGUUUUGCACAUUUCGUCAGUUGAAUUUAAUGAGAAACUCAGAAACUCUCAAAACUUCAGUUGCCGGUGAUCUCAUAGUAGCGUCAAAUGACAUCACAGGGCAGAAAAUAAUACAGUCGAACGUUGAAUACGCUUAGAGAGAAACAUAUGAUUUAAAGUUGUGGACAUUUUCUCUAAACUCGACCCUCCACUUGUAGUAAAAAAUAAAACGAGAAAAAAGUCGGAGAGUAAAACAACGAAAUUUUCUUCUCACAACUUCAGUCAUCGUUAAACGUUGAACGAGAACAGUUAGAUACGUGCAGCGUGAAUUACCGAAAACAAUAUUUAAGUGUGUAGACAUAAAAGUGAAUAAGUUUUGCAAAAUAAAAAAAUCUGCGACAGACCGCGUGUAUUUGUGAAGUGUUAUCACUACUGAAAGUCAUAAAAAAAUAUCAAGAAUUAUAUUUAAUUCACAUUUUUCUGCUUUUAUCAAUCUGAAAAAGGCUUUAGAAGCUUACAGAAAAAAAGUGCACAAAAGUUUUUAAAAACAAAUCUGUUAGUGAAUAAUUUUUGUAUUUAAUUCACGUAUUCGAAGGAUUUUCAUCAACAAAGUUUAAUUGCGAGAAUAUUUCAACGGCAUUGAACUAUAACGAGUCGUAACACGUAACUGAAAACAGAAAAGAGCAUCGUCAUGGAGACACCGACAACAAGACCGAGGAAUUCGCCUCCACCUCCUCCACCAAAGCCCAAAAGCAAGUCGCUUUACAACAAUAACGGCUCAGAUCAUCAACAGACGUUGUACGAAGAACAAGUUAACAAUAAUGUAGAGAACUUUUAUCAUCAAAAUAACCACAAUAAAUCAAACGGCAGUAACGUCAAUAUCAACAAUAACAACGAAGAUAAUCUUGAUCAAUUUUAUCCGAGUCUUCCACCAAAAAAUGAGCAAGUUGUAAUGACACCGCGUGGGAAAACUUCAAACUCGACAGUGAUUCUGAUUGAGAGAAAGUUAGUGGAAGAAGUCUCUGAUCGUGUUCAUGUUGCUGGUGGAGAUCAUCAAGGAAUUAUCAUCAAUAAAGAUAUUGUUAAAGAUCAAAAAUCAGCCAAAGUUUCACCACAACUGACUCUUGAAUUUCGAGUGUUCCUUGUGAGUGCAAAGACAGAAGAACAUACACAAGAAUCGAGAACACUUCGAUUUUGGUUCCGAGAAUGGCUAACAGAUGGUGAAAGGAAAGCUCAAGUUGCGCAAGAUUUCUUUCGUGAACUUGUAAGCCCGAAAGAAUUUCCACGAGAUUACGUUGGUUUCAUCAAGAAGAUUAUGAAGUUGAUGCAAAAAGGCUACAAUGAAAUACAAUCGAUUGAAAUUGAAUUAGAGAUCCUUGAACAGACAUCAGCACCACCUUCACGUCCACUGUCGAUUGGAAACGAAGAAUUUGAGGUUGUUCCAUUGACGCCUGAAAAAGUUCUUGAACUUAUCGAACAGGCUUAUCCAAAUCCAAUCACACCUGACGAUCUUGCAAGAGACAAUGGCUGGUCAGAAGAAGAAGUUCUCAGAAUUAUCAUUUCACUUCAAACGCGUGGUCUUAUCAAGUCAAUGGAGUUUAAUUCAUUCACGAGAAUUCAUCACGAGGACAAAGAGAUUAAAGUUGUUAAGCAAAUGCCAACAAUUGCUUCUAACAAACAGCCAACAAUUGCCGUCAUCACAGCGCAAUAUUGUGAGAAAGUCGCUGUUGAUUCCAUGCUGGAAAACAAGGAGACGUUCGUGCGAUACACGACAGUUGGAACAUCACCAGAAAAAGACAUAAAUGGACUCGAACGAAGAAAAAUCAAACGAAAGCGUUUUGGCGAAUCAAAUGUUUACACUUUGGGUAAUAUUGGAGCUCAUCGUAUCGUAAGCACAAAACUUCCAUCGAUUGGUAGUACACGUGAAGCUUCAAUAGCAGCUGGAAAUACUUGCACCCGACUCUUGGGAACGUUCCAAAAAGUUGACUACGUUUUUAUAGUGGGAGUUGCUGGUGGCAUUCCUCAUUAUACUGAUUAUAAGAAACAUGUUCGUCUUGGCGAUGUUGUCAUCUCAUCGAUUGAUCAAAGUCGACAACAAUUUGUUAAUGGCGAUGCACACAAAACCGAGAAACCUUAUUGUUAUGUCUACAGCAAUGGAGAAGAAUUCAAAACAUAUUUCCCAGUGAAUUCAUGUCUACAAGAAAUCGCUAAAUCAUUACAAACUCAUGCUGAAGCAAAGAGACCUUGGGAGGCAUAUUAUGACGAAGGAAUUUUGCAUUUAAAGGAUCGAAUUGAAAAUGAUUUCACUCGUCCAUCACCCAACACUGAUAAACUUUACAUGAACAUCGGUAAUCGUGAUGUUAUUGAAGUUCAACAUCCACAACCUCAAGACACAACCGACGCUAAUGAAUAUCCAACAAUGCGACUUCAUCUUGGUCCAGUGGGAAGCGGUUAUAAUUUAAUAAAAUCUGAUACAUUAAGAACAGAAUUCGCAAAGCGACAUGGACUCAUUGCUACAGAUGUUGAACUCAAUUCAGUGUUAGAUUCAAUUGUUGGUAAUUGUCGUGACAGCUUUUUAGUCGUAAAGGGAAUUUCAGAUUACAAAGAUGGUACAACGACAAAGAAGUGGCAGAAUUAUGCAUCGCUUGCAGCUGCAAGUGUCAUGAAAGCGAUUGUUUGUGCUAUGGAUGCACCUACCAAUGUAUAAAUUCAACAAGCACUCAAGAAAAUAUUUAUUUAAUAAACAAAUAUAUGUUGAGCACUAAGAAACCAUUCAUAACAAUAAAAUAUUACGAUAACGUCAUCUAGUUAUGUUGUACCAAAUUAUUUGAACGUCAUGUCGUUGAAAGACGUUUCUGAGUACAUUAAUUAUAGUUAUCUUCUUCUUUUUGUCUCCUCUUCUGCUUUUUCUUAUUAUUAAUUGAUUUUUUUUUUCGUUCAUCUAAUGUGCGAUGGAUAAACAAAUGUUAGAAAUAAAAAAGCUCUGAAAACAGA